AUGGAUUCAAGGCCACCAUCAACGUACACCGGCUCCAGUUUAUUGCUCCGCACACUCGCCCGUGCCGGUAUAACGCAUGCAUUCGUUAAUUGGGGCUCUGAUCAUCCUGCACUUCUCGAAGAUCUAGCAAGGCAACGUGUUGAAGACGAAGGUGGAGAAACGCAGCCUAAGAUUGUGACAUGUCCGAACGAAAUGGUCGCAUUGAGUGCAGCACAAGGAUUCGCACAGGUUACUGGGAAACCUGCCGCCGUUAUUAUUCAUGUCGAUGUGGGCACGCAGGCCCUAGCUGGAGCGGUGCAUAAUGUGGAUCGUAGCCGUACUCCUGUGUUAAUUUUUGCAGGAGCGUCACCAUUCAGUUCGAACGGUGAGCACAAGGGAACACGAAAUGAGUGGAUUAUGUGGCUACAAGACAUCCCGGACCAAUCAGCAAUUGUUCGCCAAUAUAUGCGACAUACUGCCCAGUUAGGAAGUGCGAAGACUAUUGAACAGAGUGUGAAGCGUGCUUUACAAAUUGCUACCAGUGAGCCGAAAGGCCCUGUAUAUCUAUGGGCGCGACGUGAGGUUAUGGAGGAAGAAGUGAAUCCAGAAAGUCUCGAUCAUAUUUCCGGCAUUUCAAAGUGGCCUUCCAUCGAACCAACGUCACUCACGCCUUCUGCCUUGAAGAAAAUAUCCGAGGCACUACUGACCGCGUCAUCACCCUUGAUAAUCACUUCUCAUGCAGGACGCUCGCCUGCAGCAGUAGCAGCGCUAUCAUCACUCGCCACACUUCUCGCAAUUCCCGUCAUCAGCACAUGUCCAUCUACAGUGAAUAUUCCCUUCUCUCACCCCAGCUACAUUGGGAAUACAUGGCUCUUUCCUUUGACACAUUGGGAAAAGCUUCAAGGCGUGGACGUGAUCUUGGUGCUUGAGUGCGAUCUUGCUUGGAUUCCGGUAAAUGAGAAGCCUGUCGAUGAUGCCAGAGUGUUUGUUAUUGACGGAGGCGACCCCUUGAAACUAGGGAUUGGACAAUGGCAUGUCGAUGCAGAACUGGUAUGCCGAGCGGAACCGGCCAUUGCACUAGAGCAAAUUGAACACUCACUGCGGACAAUGGGCGUUCGCCCACAAGGCGAAGCUUGGUGCUUGGGUGACUAUUUCGCUGACUCUUCGCUGGAGGAAAAAACCAGAUUCCGCUGGGAGACACUUCGGAAGAAUCACGAUCGACUCGUUUCUCAGCUUGACUCAGAAGAAGAUAAAUUCAGAUUGGUGGGCAAACCAUCGCUACCAGGUGAAAAGCAAAACCCCAUAGUCGUUAUGAACGUACCAAAUUUAAUUGGAGUCAUUCGGAAGACGGUUGCGGCCCUGACGCCCUCGAAGGGCGCUAAUACUCUAUUUCUCAAUGAAUCGAUCAGUAAUUUCGCUCCUGUGUGGACUCAUUUGAGGCCUGAAUUUCCUGGCAGCGUCAUCACAAGCGGAGGAUCUUCUUUGGGAUGGGGACUAGGAGCAGCUAUAGGUGCAUCUAUUGGAGCACGUACGCUUGGACCAAUGAGCAACGCAUCUUCUGGAGGGAAAGAAUACGAUUUGAUAGUUUAUAUUGUCGGAGAUGGUUCCUUCAUGUUUGGUGUUCCAAGUUCCGCAUACUGGAUGGCAAGGAAAUAUAACACGCCCUUUCUGACAAUAAUUUUGAACAAUGGCGGCUGGGGGUCACCAAUGCUGUCUAUGCUUGGUGUACAUCCAGCAGGACAUGGCAGAAAUACUCUAUCAGGCGAUAAACUCACUGUUGGCUUUGGUCCAAACCCCCCGGAUUAUCCUCAGAUUGCUGCUGCCGCCUCGGCUGGUUGGGCAUGGGGUGCACGCGUAGGUGAUGUAGUGACGAAUUCACCAAAGGAUACGUUAACGUCCACUAUUGACAAAGCGAUAAAGAUUGUGCUUGAGGAGAAGAGAUGUGCUGUUGUUGACUGCAUUUUGGAGUCUAUUUAG